AUGCCGCCGCCGUGUUCCCACGGGGCGCUGCCCGCAGCUGCCCUCCUCCUCUUCCUCCUCCCGCUGCUCUGCGCGGCCCCCGAUGUUUCAAGGGGAAAUAAGCUUAAACUGAUGCUUCAGAAACGUGAAGUGGGGGGGGUGGGUGUGGAAUUAAUUUCAGCCCCUGCUGCCACAAAGCCUGAGGUGUCCAUGAAAGAAAUAGCAGCCAAGGAGUUCCUAAGCAGCCUGAGACGCCAGAGACGCCAGCUGUGGGAUAGAAGCCAGCCCGACGUCCAGCAGUGGUACCAGCAGUUCCUCUACCUGGGGUUCGAUGAGGCGAAAUUUGAGGAUGACAUCUCCUACUGGACAAACUUGGGGCGUGCUCGGAAUGAAUACUAUGGUGGAUACUACCAACACCACUAUGACGAAGAUUCACCAAUUGGCCCACAAAAUCCGCACACCUUCAGGCACGGAGCAGGUGUCAAUUAUGAUGAUUACUAAUGCCAUU